AUGAUCAGCCUGAAGGCACCACUAAUGUCAGACUGGACUGCAACUACAGUAGCUGCAGCAGAACCCGAGGAACUGAAUAUCAACAUGAGCCAACUGAUGACAGAACAGGAAAUCGGAAUUCCCGGGUCGUUCUUUACAUUGCAAUGGCAGGGUAUCCUUUCGAUCGCGGUGGCGCGUAAACUGUCUCCCACUCCAUCAUGCAAACCAAACGGUUAG